AUGUGCUACAAGUCCAACUACGAACCUUAUACAAGCCAAAGUCUCGACAUGCAACGAGAUCGUUCAGUAGAAGAGAUCCUCAACCCAUUGGGUACUCUAUACCCUCACGUCGUCGCCCUCCAACUUCAAUCUGACGACAAUCCAUGGUCCCGCGCCAAAAACUUCUCUGGAUACCAGGAUACCAGCUACUGGGCCGAUGCUUACUCGACAGAGGAUUACUCCAAACCACGCAGGAACAGUGACUCCACAGCCUGCCGAUUUGUUUCGAGAAUCCGUCGAUUCCUCAGCCGCGAUGACUUGAGGAAACGACAGCGUGCUGCUUGA